AUGUUGUGGCCACAUCUCAGCUUCAAAAAGACCUUGAAAGGACGCCAAGGGGCCACCAUCCUAAUCACCAAGGCUGCCAUGCCUGGGCAAGGCCAUGACCAAUCACAUGAGCUGCGAGAUCUUCGUUGGACACAGCUGUUGGCCUUGAAACCACAGCUCUUGGUGGCACCUUGGCGUUCAAGUAGAUGGAGACGCUUUGCCGGUGGAGGCUUCAUUCUUCGCAUCGGAAUGGAGUAUCAAGCCAAGAUGUACGUGGAUUUGCCAAGACAUCGCUUCGAUGAUGUCUUGGACAUGGGAGCACCACUGAACCAGGAGUUGCCAGAUGUUUGUGCUGAUGAUGUCCUUUGCUAUUGCUGGGAUGUCAGUGCAGAAAGUGAGUGCUUCACUGGUGGCACAACUGGGCGCCAGCGCUGUGUCCCUGUGACGCAGCGGAUGGCCUUGCAUGAGCUUCGACACUACGAAGUGGCUUUGCACUGGACAGGUGAUGCCGGAAAUGAAGAUGACUGCGCUCGGGUCUUGCAAGCAUCCUCUUUGUACUGGGCCAGUGCAGUCUUUGGACAGUUGGACCUCGCUUUGGCUCUCCAGGGUUGUGCAGUAGUCUCAGUCAAUAUCCUUGGACUGCCGCCUUCCAUGCUGGGUCUCAUGGAUCCCCUCGAUUUCAUCGACAUGAGGACCGACUUGACCGAAUGGGAUCCCUGGAGCGAAGAGCUGUCCUGGCAGGAGCCAAGGUGGUUAUUGUCAUGUGCGCCCUUGGCUCAACGUCAAGAGCACCUGGGGAAGCUGGGGAAGUUGCAUUUCGGCGAUGGACCAGACAGCUAUAGCAUACACCUGGGGAGCUUCCAGAUGGCCCUGGCGCUUUCUGGAUAUUUUGAUCUCCACCGAGCAGCACACCGCCGCCAUGGCGAAAGCCGUGAUGAAGCUACUGAGAGCGUGAGCAAAUCACGAGAGAAGGGAGUACUGGGUCGCGAAUGUGGUCAGGUAGCACGACUACUGGUUCGUCGACAAGCUGACAUCUUUGGCGUGAUGAAUGUGUUUGGCGUCCUGUUGAUCAGUCACUGUUGGACUGUUCCAAAGGCCAUGCAGGUCAGUGAAGACGCUUCAGUCCUCGGGAUCCUCGGGACUUGGAUUAGGUCGAUUUGGCUGACCCUCUUAGCACUUUUUUUGGCCAACUGGGCUGCUGUGGUUUGCUAUGGCCCUGGCAGACCCAAGGCUGAGCACAGCUCCCUGCCCACCCCCUUACAUUCAUUGCUGGCAGCAGGUCAUAGCCUGCAGCGGCCGCUGACUGCUGAAGAUGCUUGGUGCCGUGUUUGUGAAGCGGAGAAGCCAGCCCUUGCGAGUCAUUGUCAUCAAUGCAAUCGCUGCUGCUAUUGGAUGGACCACCAUUGCAAUUUCUUUGGGCAAUGUGUGGGUUUUCGAAACAUGAGAUGUUUUAUCGUCGCCUUGAUCUAUGGGAACUUGAUGUGCGCAUACCUCGUUGCAAUUACGUUGCUGCUAUGGACUGAACCGACUUUCGCUUCCUUCCCGUGGCUUUGUGUAGCAGCUUGGACCAUCUACAUCCUGUGGUGGUGGAGAAAGGUUUGGCACUUUCUACGCUGCGCAUGCUGGGAGGUGGUCACAGGCUGGCGCUCCAGUGUGCUGCGAAUGAAACUUUCGCAAUGGCAGGUAGUUGCCAGCGAGCAAGGUGCAGAGCUUCGUUUUGCACAGUCAGGGGAUGAUGCGAUGCAACGAGCGUUCUCGGAGGUCAUUUUGUUGCCAUGGGAACCAACACAUCCAUUAGGCAUUUUCCUGGAACCAGGGCAGUUUGGCCGGAGAAGCAGUUGCUGGGAGCAGUUCCAAGGCGUCUUUGGAUCACCUCCGUCCAUUGCGUGGCUGUUACCGAUAUGUGGAGGCACUGGAGAUCCAUGGCAGCCAGUCGGAGUCAGCACCAAAGCGUGCGAGGCAUGGCUGCUACUGGCUUCAGCAGUUGAGGCGUUCAAAGCAACGUGAUGAGAUUCCAGAGAUUCCAGAAAA